ACCGCAGUGCAGUGCGCGGAUGCGCCUAUGACUACGUCUGCACGACAUACUACUGCACGGGUGGCUUUGGUAGCUUGAAAGCGGUUGUCGCCACUGCACAGCCCAGGACUUCGGCAGUCAUUUCAAGUAUCAGUUCUAUGGGUGUACGUUCAAUACAUGAGUAGGUGGCGUUUUAAAUUUACAAUUCUGACCCCUUGGACUUUGCUUCCGGACAAUUUGCCGGAGCACGCAUGUAAAGACGAAGCGGCUGAUGACUUUGCCGACCUACUAUGUGUUCGAACCCGAUUUGAAUUACGCAAAUUUUCCUUCUGGCCAAGAGCGAGAUCGGAAGCGUUUCUGUGCUCAUCUUUCGACGCUUUCGAGGAACGAUUUUUAAAACACUCGGAAUACGCCGUCAUUGUGCUCUCUGGAUCUCAUUCAUCAUGUCUGGAUGCCAUUUACCCUAGACUUUUGGUUUUCUUUACCAUGCGACGUUCUUGGACGGAUCGCUUCUUGCUCAUCUUCUUGGGUGAACCACGAAAUCCGCCUCAUUUCGAUACGAAGCUACUCACACACGCUCCGAUUGUGUUCACCGGGAAACCGGAAGAAAACUGGUCCCAGGACAACGAAAGUUGGGAAAAGUUGCUUGGAGUGUUGCAGACUGAAUACAUGUCUGGAAGUAUGGAAGAUCUCAAAAGUGAAACAUCCGCCCGCUCCCGUUGUCGUAUUGGCAAUCGAUGGACCUCAGUAACCGAUCUACGCGGGCGGAGUUACGCCAUCAAAAUAACAGAAAAUGCAACUCAGACUAAUUUUGUUCCAUCUAGUUGGCACGACCUCACCAUAUGCGGAGUGUCUGUAAAGAACACAAGUUCAUCCCUGCGCAGUAGGCGGGACAGUACACCAAUCAGCGAACCCUGCCUUGUCCAAUCACAGGGAGCUUAUUUUGUACCAGCCCAGCGAGUGCGAACUAGUUCAGCCAACGUGUCCAAUACAGCGUCUCCGUUGAAGUGCUAUUAUUCGGACUGGAGUCCUAACUUUGUGGCAACCUCACCGGAAUUACUUAGUCCAAGUAUUUAUAGUGGGCUCUCAGUAUCCGCAGGUGCACUAAAUACAGACGUCAGUCCUAGUUUUGGACGACACUUCUCACAUACAGCUUAUCAUGAUUCGUUUAGAAUUGAAGAGACAGAAGAAACGGACAAUGCAGCUUUAACCACCGAAAACACGAGUGCUGCAUCUGAACAGGAUGAAAUGUGUUUACCGAAGCCAAGUUACUUCAAGUCCAAGAAAUACAAAACACAACUUACUCGUUCAGAGAGAAUUCACAAACCAAGUACAAAGAUAAAGCGUGGAUUGCACCUCGGAAAGAAUCGGAAAUCCAAAUCGUUGGGAGACUCCCUGGACAAGCCUUCAGUGUUCACACCGAUGGUGCAGCGGAUACGGUCAAAGGCUUCGGAAGUACUUCGAUUGCACCCAAAAGAAGAUAAAUUUGGGAAAAGAUCUAAGAACACAUUGGGUGACACGCUGGUAUCUUUGGCUAAUAUGUCCACUGAGAUCGUAUCCCUAUACCCGAGUACGAAUCGUGUUGACAACGCACAGGCGAUGCGAAUGUCUGCUGAUUUACAAGAUCGUGUUGAUCACACUGGAUUAAAAGUGAGAGGAGGUAUACCACACAGUUUAUCCAACGACUCGAAGCCAGUGAAUGAUGUCGAUGUCGCCGUCCACGAUGCGAGGCUCCACUUACUAAACACCAUCCCUUGGGUUGAACAUAGUAUUUCAGAAGAACAUGUAAGGUUAUCAGAUCGCUCCGAAGAGGUAACUACAUUAAUAAAUGUAAAAAAUACCCGUUCUCAUGCAUUGCCAAAGCGGAUGCUAGCAACUGUUCAGUCGUGCCCAGUAGUAGAACAUGCGACGGAGAAACCUCUAGCUCCCGAUUACCCAAUGACUUCCAUUGCUAGCACAGCGCCAGAAUGCGAACCAGCAUCAAACCUAUUCAUCUCUGGCGAUGCCGUUCAUACUGGGUCAGCUCCUUCGUAUGUCGAUCUCCCAGACAUGCAGUCGCAACUCCAUCAUAUGGAUAAUGCAUUACUUGAAGUUGAAAGAUCCAUGAGUUUAGAGGCAAAGUCAACUGACAUCAUUACUGACAGCGAAAAGACGAGAAAAAAUUGGCACAGUGGUGGAACGGACAGCUCUGAAUGCUUAACUGUUAAAGAAAACUACGGGGAUCUGCGCACAAGAACACAAACUUCUGCCGAUGCAGUACUUGCAACAGGCAUUCGGCAUUUAGGGUCCACCGCUUUGACAUCAGAUCCCCCUGAACGUAGUGGUAAUGUGGAUGAAAAGCCCACAGUGGAAGGAAUAGGUGCAGAAGGUGCAACAGCUAACUCCUUAAUCCAUUCUACUGCCCUGAUGACCACGGGCCAAACGGCCGCUUGUACUGAUCCGACAGACUCGGUCCUUGUUUCAGAGACAAUUCCAGUUCCUUUAAUACGUAAGCCGGUAUAUGGAAGUAUUCCGUUCCGAGAACAGUGCGGAUUAGUUUCAUCCAGUAUCCAGCCGUCUAAACUCACCACCGAGACAACAGAAGCACCAACAUUAGCUGUUGUGCUUGAUGAGCCACAUCUGAACUCAGAUGACCACAAUUGUUUACAACCUGACUCUAUGCAACUAAUGGAGACAAGUACUUCUCUCACUGAGCAGAUGAGUGCGAUCGAUGAUAUCAAGAAGGAGUUGAGAAAAGAAGAUGUUAUGAACAGCGAUGGCCAUUCGAGCCAGCAGUUUGAUACUAACCUAGAAGAUAACUCAGCAAUGUGUCAGGAAUCGACGCACAAUAUGACAAGGGAACAAAGCAAAGCUUCUGAACACGAAAGCGGUGUUCAGCGCCAUGUCGCAGAUGGACAGCAAGAACUAUUGAACCCGUCGCUGAAAAGGGAUGAAAAUGGGAGGGACUCCGCAGGAGCGAACCUUGUUAUGCCAAGUAGUAUAGCUCUUUCCAUUUUUACUCCAAGCUUAGUUAUCGAAGAAAGCCCGAUAACAUCCAGUCAGCCGACCGCAACUACUGAAGAUAAUCCUCACCUCCAACUGAUGAAUAAUAUGACAGCUUUCAACGGAAAUAAUCAUGUGCCCGGUUCGACAGAAUCAGCAGGUGUAAACACCGUUGGUUUUAAUACAGAUGAGGUACGAUCACACUGCGAUGAAAUUGCUCAGUUGAAAAAUGAACCGAUAGCUUCUCUACCAAUUAACCCUUUGUAUUCGGUUGUGCAGACUAAAAAGGACAUCGAAUUGGAGCCAACUCUGUGCACUCGUUCUGCUCAACCAGAACAAGUAGAUACGAAUGAGCUAAUACCAAAUGAGAAGUUAAGCACCAACCUAGUCUCAACCAUGGCAGAUUUCUCAGAUGGCAACUUCGAGUCCAACACCACGGACCCGGUGCAUAUUCAGCAGCAUAGUAAGUCAUCAAUACUGUCUUCAACACCACCAGACUGCCAGCCGCUAUGUGUUGUGCCAAUUCGCUUGUCGACCGGCAUGAUAAUAGAGCAAACUCCCAGUCUACAACAGCAUAAGGCUGGCUCAAUGUCCGCUGCUGUGCAGGCACAGGAAACAAACGACGAGCUGGAUGCUGGCGUUUCAGUGACUGACGACUCUAACUAUACCGUUAUUUGUCAACCUGUUCAGUCCAGAGUGCCAGAUAAUCAGAGUGUGAUCAAAAAGAAUAAUGACAAUCUGUUUCAAAGCGAACUUGUACCCUGUUUAACCAGUGCACGCCCACACGAGAACCAGGGACAAUUCCCGGAUUCUCAGUUUAGUGCACAAGUAACUGCAAACAACCACUCACCCGGUGAAUGUUCAUCUACAUUGCUAGAGGGGAAUAAUGAAAUAGUUUUCGAUGGUGCAGACAAUGCUAUCACUCCUUCUACCUCUGUCGUAGAAAGCUUAACAGGUACAAAGGAAACCUAUGUGGGUCAUACCGCACAUGCGAUCAUUUCAAAUACAGAUUCGGAAAGUAUUUGCACAAACGUUUUCGAAUUACCCGUGAAAGCAACAAAAAUUGGUGGUUCGUCCUGGUUUGAAUGGUGGAGUAAAAUACUGCCGUUUUCAACCCUUCUCCUCGCUGAUGAACUUGAUAUGCAUAUUAUUGACAUGGAAGCCUCGAUGAUAAUGAAUGAUAAUGAAAAGAUGGAAAAGGGUUUACAUUUGAAUACGGUAUUGAAUGAAAUUCGUGAUAACAAAAAUUCCGUUGAUACAACACCAACUCCCAAUGUGUCAAAAAUCCCCAGUGCUGGGGAAAGUGACGCUUUAGCUCACACCGAUUUUUCAUGGUAUACCUGGCUUUUGGAAAAGUUAUCUUCUCGGAGAAGAAUCAGUGUGCAAUUCCAGAAGACGGUGCAAGAUGAUUGCCUCUCUGAGGUAUGCGAUUCGCCUUUUGAGCGCAAUACUGUCAAAGGUUUAUCAGACUCCAGUGGCCUCGAUCAGACUUCCGACGUUAAAGCCGUGUAUGACGAAGAAUUCAUCACUCCAAGCAAACAAGCAGUCGUUAAUCGCUUACCAGUUGGGCCGUACGAAGGUUUCGAUACAGAGAGUGCAGAACAGAGUAGCAGUGAGCAAAUGGCCGGAACAGGUGCAUGGGUGGACUCCAAGGCUCCUACCGAAGAUGCUGUGCGACCACCAAGCGAUGAUAAUGCGAAAGAAGCUGCAGCCUGGAAUCCCGGAUCAGCUGCCUCGGCCCUCUACUACGCUGAUCGAGGACUACACAUUGCUAUUUGCUGGAGUCUCAUUCGAAAUGCCCUGAGGAACCCGUUUUGUGUUGCCGCUAUUUUUGUCGUAUUCACAUCUGCGUCGUCACACAUUAGACAAUGGCCGCGGCUACUUGACCAGUUGGGCGGGAUCUCCGAUGUAUACCUGUUCACACCUCCAUCGCGCACUGAUCGACCAGGUCUAUCAUACUGGUGUCAAUGGAUUGAUAGCACUCGAUCCGUCCUACCUUGGAGAGGACGAGCAACCAUCACCACAUUUUUGCGAUAUCCCUGGUCGUUGAUUAAUCCAGCGGAUUAACCUCGAUCAGCGAUUAGCAAAAGGAACCGUUUCGGGACAAUAAUUUCGAAUGCACUCCCGCGAGUUUCCUUUGUGGAUUUUCCCACCACGGAGAGUUGCAACCUUUCGUCACACAUUCCUGUGCUUGAGUACAUAGUCGCAGUUGUUCAUUGUUAUUAGUAUUUCGGAUUUUCGCUGAUGUCAACACAUUAGAGCAACUUUAUUUUCAUCAACUAUCAAUGUGGUCUACCGCACUCAAAUUCAUUUCCUGUGGUCUGUGACAUUUGCACUCAUCAUGACCUAGAGCCUCCUGAUCUUCUACCCCUUGUAAGAUUGCACCUUAUGUUCAAGCCUUCCCAAACCAGAUCUGCACUCAUACAAAAUUUUUUAGCAGCUAUUGUUGAAUUACUUACGUCAACUUGUGCAAAAUCGAACUUUCGUUCAUACGUUUCAUAGAGAUGACAGCUACGGC